AUGACUAUGGCCAUGCUUCAACGUCGCGCAAAUGUGAGAUUGCCUCCAGAAGUCAACCGAGUUUUAUACAUCAGAAAUCUUCCCGGAUUCAACGUAUGUAACCGAUACCUGGUGGUACUCUACUACCAGUCAAAUAAGGCGUUCAAACGGGUGGACGUUGACAAAAAAAUGGAAGACUUGGAAAAUAAGACU